AUCUUUCUGCCUGGCAACAGAGUAAUUGAGCAUCCGUGCAGUGAAGAAAGUCCAGGAAAGUUCCUUUUUGAAGUUGUUCCAGGAGGAGACCGAGAGCGGAUGACAGCUAAUCAUGAGACGUAUCUUCUUAUGGCAAGCACACAGAAUGACAUGGAGGAUUGGGUGAAAUCCAUCCGUAGGGUUAUAUGGGCACCAUUUGGAGGAGGUAUUUUUGGCCAGAAGCUGGAAGACACUGUCCGAUAUGAAAAGCGCUAUGGGAACCGCUUGGCUCCUAUGCUGGUGGAGCAGUGUGUGGAUUUUAUCCGACAGCGGGGGCUAAAGGAGGAAGGGCUUUUUCGACUGCCUGGGCAGGCUAAUCUUGUCAAGGAGUUGCAAGAUGCAUUUGACCAUGGAGAGAAGCCUUCUUUUGACAGCAAUACAGAUGUGCACACAGUGGCAUCACUGCUCAAACUGUACCUAAGGGAACUCCCAGAACCAGUCAUACCAUAUGCAAAAUAUGAAGAUUUUCUUUCCUGUGCCAAAACCAUCAGCAAGGAGGAGGAAACGGGCCUGAGGGAGUUGGUGAAGGAAGUGAAGAGCCUGCCUUCUGUCAAUUAUAAUCUGCUGAAAUACAUCUGUAGAUUCCUUGAUGAAGUCCAGUCUUAUUCAGGUGUGAACAAAAUGAGUGUGCAAAAUCUGGCUACGGUAUUUGGCCCCAACAUCCUUCGCCCAAAAGUGGAAGAUCCCUUGACUAUAAUGGAGGGUACAGUAGUAGUCCAGCAGCUGAUGUCAGUGAUGAUAAGCAAGCACGAAGAGCUGUUUCCCAAGGAUGCGGAUCCUCAGAUGGGACCUGAAGUGUGUAACAACAACAACGAAAUGCCAAAGAAAACCACAAUAGGUCAGCUACAGAACAAAGAAAAUAACAACAGCAAGGAGUCAGCGGUGAGGCGCUGCUCGUGGGACACACCUGAGUCUCCCCAAAGGGCAAGUGUGGACAACGGGUCUCCCACAGCUGUGCCAAGCAGCAAGACAAGCAGCCCCAGGAACAGCAUCCAGAAACUGGAUGUCACAAGAAGUCCACCUCUGACGGUGAAAAAAAAUCCUGCCUUUAAUAAAGGUAGUGGCAUAGUCACCAAUGGGUCAUUCAGCAGCUCUGUGGAGGGCCAGGAGAAGAGCCAGACCUUACCAAACUGUGCCCUGCAAACCAGGAGAACGGCAUCCCUGAAAGGACCGGUGACUAAGAUGGGCACACACAGUGUGCAGAACGGAGGGGUGCGGAUGGGUGUUUCCAGCACAGAUGGGCACAGCAAUACCCUCAAUGGCCGGACCCCAGGCUGGGUGCCCAACGGCUACGUCACGCUGAGGGACAGCAAGCAAAAGGAGUCGGUGAGUGACUCGGGACAGCACAACAGGCUCUCCACCUAUGACAAUGUCCACCAGCAGUUCUCCAUGGUGAAUUCUGAGGAUAAACAGAGCGUGGACAGUGCUACCUGGUCAACAUCCUCCUGCGAAAUAUCGCUCCCUGAGCACUCCAACUCCUGUCGUUCAUCCACCACCACUUGCCCAGAGCAGGACUUUUAUGGAGGUAACUUAGAAGACUCUGUGCUGGAAGGGCCGCCACAGGAAGACCCCUCUAAUUCAGGAGACUAUGAGAACAAAGGUGACCAAAGGAGUGUUGGGGGCCACAGCAGCAGAGCCACCAGCAGCAGUGAUAACAGCGAAAUAUUUGUGGCCAACAGUACCAACAAUCACAGUGCUCUACACAGCUUGGUGUCCAGCCUGAAGCAAGAGAUGGCCAAGCAAAAGCUAGAGUAUGAAACAAGGAUAAAAAGCUUGGAGCAGAGAAAUCUUACCCUGGAGACAGAAAUGAUGACCCUGCAUGAAGAGCUGGAUCAAGAGCGGAAGAAGUUCACAAUGAUAGAAAUCAAAAUGCGUAAUGCAGAGCGGGCCAAGGAGGAUGCAGAGAAGAGGAAUGACAUGUUGCAGAAGGAAAUGGAGCAGUUUUUCUCCACUUUUGGAGACCUUACAGUGGAACCUCGCAGACCAGAAAGAGGCAACACCAUCUGGAUCCAGUGAGCAUUGGAAAUGUAGACUGUGGGACUUUAGGGAAGGCCUUAUGGGGGUAUGAUACUAUAUCAGGUGGCUGGUCACCUGUUUGAGGCUAGUACUCAACAUAAUGUUAUGAACUCUUGAAGGAAGAAAUACAGAUGAUUAACCACUCAUAUCUACAGUGUGUACUUAUCAAAUUAUAUUCUUUGGAUGCUUCAUGAGACUACUGUUAAGUGUUACAACUGGAUAUGUGUAUAUAAAUUUUGAAAAGAUCACCUUAGAAAGUGAGAGAUGUAUCUCAAGAAAUAUUUUAAUGCAAGUCUUGUAUUUAAACUGGUAAAUUGAAAUGUUGUUGCAAUCAAGCUUUAUAUCGAGGCUUUUUUCCCUUGCACUUAACGUAAUAAGCUAUUUUUGGCAUUGUGUUAUUAUUUUGUUACUCAAAUGUUUUUUUUUUGAUUUUUUUUGUUUGUUUGUUUUGUUACCCCUCUUGCUGGGGGUUGAAAAUAAACAGAUGCAUUAAGGUAA